CGACCUUCAGCAAGGUAGGUGCCGAGGAGCUCCCUCGGGGCCCCGGGGCCGUGCCGAGGGCCGGGGCCCGGCAGCCUCCGCGGCGUGGCAGCUUGCGGAAGGAUCCAAGUUUGAAACAUGGCAACUCUGAAAGAUAUUACCAGGCGCCUGAAGUCAAUCAGAAACAUCCAGAAAAUUACCAAGUCUAUGAAAAUGGUAGCAGCAGCAAAGUACACCCGGGCUGAGCGGGAGCUGAAACCAGCCCGAGUGUACGGGACGGGAGCGCUGGCUCUGUAUGAAAAGGCUGAUAUUAAGGGGCCUGAAGACAAGAAGAAACACCUCCUUAUUGGUGUGUCCUCAGAUCGAGGGCUCUGUGGUGCUAUCCAUUCCUCGAUUACUAAGCAGAUAAAAAAUGAAGUGGCCUCCCUUACCGCAGCAGGGAAAGAAGUUAUGCUUGUUGGAAUUGGUGAUAAAAUCAGGGGCAUACUUCAUAGUACUCAUUCUGACCGGUUUCUGAUGUCAUUCAAAGAUGUGGGACGAAAACCCCCUACAUUUGGAGAUGCAUCAGUCAUCGCCCUUGAAUUACUAAAUUCUGGAUAUGAGUUUGAUGAAGGUGCCGUCAUCUUUAAUCGAUUCAGGUCUGUUAUCUCCUACAAGACAGAAGAAAAGCCCAUCUUUUCUCUUAAUACCAUUGCAAGUUCUGAGAACCUGAGUGUGUAUGAUGAUAUUGACGCUGAUGUACUACAAAAUUACCAAGAAUAUAAUCUGGCCAACAUCAUCUACUACACCCUGAAGGAAUCCACCACCAGUGAGCAGAGCGCCAGGAUGACAGCCAUGGACAACGCCAGCAAGAACGCCUCCGAAAUGAUUGACAAAUUGACUUUGACAUUAAACCGCACCCGCCAAGCUGUUAUCACAAAAGAGUUGAUUGAAAUUAUCUCUGGUGCUGCUGCUCUGGAUUAAUGAAAAUCAAGUAUCGCCCUCAAACAAGAGGUAAAGAAGGAAAAUUCAGCGAGCAGAUUUUAUGCUUAACUGAUGGCUGUCUUUGUCAGAAGAAAUUUAGUCCAUUGUUUGAAUUACUAAAGACAGCAAGAUAUUUGUAAAUGAUCUUACAAUAAAGUUACAGUGAGGAAAA